UGCGCGGUGCGUCCGGUGCGUCCGGUCCGCUCGGUCCGUGGCGGAUUCAGCAGGUCUGAGGAUGAAGAGGCUUUAGAAACAGUCACUGUUCACCAUGUGGUCUGAGGAAGGAGAGCCUCCCCUCUGGAUCCUGCAGCACCCGGCGUAUCAGCAGAUGAAGGAUCUGCAGGUGGAGGAUCGCGCUCAGAUGCACGCGGCCUUCCUGGUGUACAUGGAUCUAACGGAGGUGCGUCGCUGGAAAGACGUUUCUUGUGUGAAGAGUUCAGAGCUGCAGCUGUUCUUACUGGAGGCCAGGGAGAAGGAGGGAGCGCCGGUUCAGACGGUCCUGCCCCUGCCUGCCCAUCAGGCCGUCACACACCACAGCAUCCGUCUGGCCCUGGACAGGGGCUUCCCCGUGCUGCUGUGCGCCGUGGCGUCCGACUCCACGCUGGUCUACCAGAGGCUGACGGACGGGCUGGUGACCCCCGACCCCCCGGCUGGGCCCUUCCAGGACGUGGAGCGGCGGCAGCACCGUAAGAGGCGGCACCAGCCCUGAGCGCCGCACGGCGAGGAGGAGGAGGAGGAGGAUGGAGAGGUCUGGACCAAAGUGCAGAUGUGGAACUCCUGCUGGGAUGAAGACUCUGAGAGACGUUCCACAGCCUCUGCAGCAUGAUUUUGCAGCUCAUGUGAGAUUAUUGAGGUGUUUUUGUUUGUUUUUUUUAUGAUAAACAAGAGUCCAAGAAGUGUUUACAGGAUCAAAACGCUCCACCUUCUGGCUUCUCUUUGGUUUCUUCUGGGGUUUGACUUCAACAGAUGAGACAGUUCAUCUGGCCUGCAGCUCUUUUCCCUCAGAUUCCGACUCCAGCAUCACCUGAACGGUCGAUAUUCACCAAACAGUCGCUGUUUCCAUCAGACCAACCUGAUGAGUCUUGGCCCAGCUGUUGGGGCAUUUUUGCAUUUUUUUCUGAAGAUGUUCUAUAUUUCUGUCUUCUGUUCAGAGCUGAAUGCAAAUAGUUUGAGAUUAGUAGAAAUUAUUUCCUAAUUUUAAAAAAAGUGCCGUUUAACAACAGUGUGAAACCGUUUGGUUUUGCUCAGACUCUCAAUGCAUUCUGAAGUUUACUGGUGGUUUAUAUACAUUCACAACACUAUUUAUGGUCACACGCCUCUUGAGUCUUCGCUGCCCGUGAUUCAAAUGUUUCUGAAUGAAGUAUUCAGAUUUAUUCUAAUCAAAAGUGUGUACAUAAACUGGAAUACUCGGUGUGUAGAAAAAAAAAGCUAUUUGUGUAAAGUGUUUUGUUUUUGAUUGUUGAUGAAGGUCUUUGUUAAAGAGGUUUGCUGUAUCUGUGAAGCAGCUUCUCAAAAAUGAACCAUCAAACAAUCAGGUAAAGGAUUGGAAUAAAAAAAAUAAAUCACAGUUCACAAGUUAAAAAACAAAACAAAACACUUUUUCUUGAGAAUAUUCAUAAAAACAAAGCUUGCUGUGUUUUUAUAAAUUACAUCACCAGUUUUAAUUUUUUUUUUUUUUCAUUUUUUGUGACAAAACUGUUGCAUCUAAAAUAGAAUAGUUUCUCUUAUGGUUUCACAUUAAAGCGAUACUUCAACAUUUUGGCAAAUUGGCCCAUUUAGGGCAAUUCGGUAGUCAUUUAGAACAGCCUACUUACUUUUUUUGUGAGGGCGAGCUGUUGUUUAUUCAGC